AUGGAAAGCUUAAAUUCAUACGGAGUCCCAAAGGCCGAAUUUAUUGAGGAUAUUAAAGCAGCUGCACCAACACCAGAAGCUGCCGAGAAACUUUAUCGUGAAAAAACAGAGCUCAUGAGCAAAUAUCGUAUGUUAGAAACACAUUUUCUCGAAAAGCAGCAAAACUUUAAAAGAUCUCGUCCAUCUGUUGCCGAAAAUCUUAAUGCCAUCAAGAAACUCGAAGCUAUGGCUGACAAGGGAGAUGUUAAAACCAACUUCCAGUUAGCUGAUAGCCUCUAUAGCACAGCAACUAUUAAUAGCGAAAGUACAGUUUGCCUUUGGCUUGGCGCAAAUAUUAUGGUCGAAUAUCCAUUCUCCGAAGCCAAGACUCUCUUGACAGAGAAUCUUGCCGCACUUGAUAAACAGAUCGAUGAUAUCAGUAAGAACCUUAUUUUCUUACGCGAUCAAAUCAUUACAACUGAAGUUACAUUGUCUCGUAUCGUCAACCAUUUAAUUCAGCUUAACAAGAAGAAAUAA